AUGUUUUAUUUUGCACAAGUCAAGCAUGCUUUGGGCUAUGCAACUGACGACGACGAUGGCGAUUUCGAAUCUCAAAGCAUGAUUCACGAGGAGAGAGACGCGGCGGCAGAUAGAUCGGAAAAAUCAGGCGGAUCUUGGGGACGAUUGAAGGAGGAUUUUCGGUGGAUCUAUUGGUCAAAAUGGUAUCGGUUUUAUUAUGGCUAUGGAUUCAAUUUCGGGGAUUGGAUAUGGCAAAUCCUAGGUUUUCACACUUCGAAUCAAAAGAUUGCUGAGAUUUCGGGUGUGCGCUCAGGUUAUCUGGGAAAGACAAGGAACAAAGGGGAAUAUUGGCAAAUCUGGAUUCAAUUGCAAUUGAUUACAGAUCGGAUUUGGAAUUGCUUUUCGUUAAAUCAAAGGAUUUCCAUAAACAAUGACGAUCCAAGUUGCGGUGAUAUGGGAAAUAAAUGGGGAUGGUGUAAUCGACUCCAGCUACAAUCAAGGGAUGCGAGAUCCAAGAGUUUAUUGCGAUCUUACAAGAACCCUUACUGGAGAUGUUAUAUAGAGCGUUGUAGCAGGCUUAUGGUUCUACAUCAAAGCAAUCACAAUUCACAUAUAGUUUUGUCUCUCGUUCUCACACAAUUCUAUAUCUCGCGACUGGUGCUACUGGUUACAAUGGGCCAACGCAAUAUGCUAUCCAACGAAGGUGUGGAGAAGUCUCUACCUGCAGUGACAUUGAAAAUGAGAAUCAAGAUUCCACAAUUCGAUAAUUCUGCUUUGGUUCAAGGGUAUUUGAGAACCUUGGUUGGCCGAUGUAUGAAUAUGAGGGUUCAAAACAUGAACAACCUAUUGUUCAUACUUCCUCGAAUCUGGAACGUGGAAGACGGGGUUGCAGGAGCUGACUUGGGAAUGGGCCGGUUCCAGUUUGACUUUGAUGAAGAGGAGGACAUUGUGGAGGUGUUAAAGAUGGAGCCGUUUCAUUUUGAUCAUUGGAUGCUGUCAAUUGUGAGGUGGGAACCCAGGAUUGAAGCUUUUUAUCUGUCGGAUAUUACGUUAUGGGUUCGUAUAAUGGGAGUCCCAUUACACUACUGGGCAGAGCCAACCUUCCGAUCUAUCGGGAAGGCUAUCGGGAGGGUGCAUUUGGUUGAUAGUUGA